AUGUCAGGCGUACGUAACCCCCCCUCCAAACUGCUCGAGGCUGCUGUCUACAUUGCAGGCUGGUACCUCUUCUCGUUGUCCAUCUCCAUCUACAACAAGUGGAUGUUUGGCAAGGGUCUUGACUUCAAGUUCCCCAUUCUUAUUACUUCAUUCCACCAGUUCUGCCUCAUCUUUCUCAGCACAGGCGUGCUCUACCUCCAACCUCACCUCCAUCCCACUGUCAACGAACCCACUUCGCUGGCCAUGAGCUGGCGCAGGUUCUGGGCCGUGUUCCGGAUCGAUUUCUGGACCUACGGACGCCAGAUUUUGCCCUGCUCGUUGGCAUCCAGUGGUGAUAUCGGCUUGUCCAACGUAUCGUUCCGUUUCAUCUCGUUGAGUCUCUACACCAUGUUGAAGACCUCGUCGCUCGUGUUCGUGUUGUUGUUCGGACUACUUUUCCGGCUCGAGAAGUUCAACUGGCGUUUGGUAAUUAUCGUGCUCGUGAUGACAGUUUCGGUGGUCAUGAUGGUCAAAAAACCCGACAACGUCGACUCAGCCGAUGACCAUAACGUGGUGGGUAUAUUCAUGGUUCUCACUGCAUCUAUGGUAUCGGGAUUGCGGUGGUCAUUCACCCAGUUGUUGUUGAAGCGCAACCCCUACACCGUCAACCCCAUUUCCACCAUUUUUUACAUCUCCCCCUCCAUGUGCAUCACCCUCUUCCUUUUUGGAUUGAUCUUUGAAGGCUGGUCCAAUUUCAUCUCCUCGCCAAUCUGGGAACUCAAGGGUAUCUUUGGCACAAUUCUUCUCAUGAUUAUUCCUGGAAUAUUGGCUUUCAUGAUGACCUUGUGCGAGUUCAAGCUAUUGAGUGUUUCCCAGGUGACCACCUUGUCCAUUGCCGGCAUAUUCAAAGAAUUGUUGACCAUCGUGUUGAGCUCGAUCAUAUUUGGAGACAAGCUCAGCUUCAUCAACUGCGUAGGGUUGGUCAUAACCUUCAUGGACAUCUUGUGGUAUAAUUAUUACAGGUACCAUGAAAACAGGCUGUUGAACGAAUAUGCUAGUGUCAAUCAGGAUGAGGAAACAGAGGACGAUAUAGAAAUGGAUGACAGGAGCAAGUAA